GAAAUUGAGACACGAAGAACACGGAGCAAGCAAGCUAGCGAUCGAAACUUUUUUUUUCCUAUUAAAAUCGAAAUUAGGGUUUACGAUUGUUCCCCUCUCCGUCCAUGUCAGAUGGGUACUGGAACCAGCAGAGACACCAUCAGCCUCCGUCGAUCUCCCACGGUGGUCCUCUAAAACGUCCCCGUUCUGACUUCGGCAAUGAUAUGCACAGUUACGUGUCACGUGAUGAGGAUCGAAGUAACCCUCUUCAUUCAGUUAAAGAUACGAGAACAAUUGGCUCAGCUUAUGACCUCUACCUUCAGAGUGUGCAAACGCCAUCUGAAGAAGUUGGUAGGUUUAAUGGAGUUGGCAUGGGAAGACGAGGAGGUGACUUGGGUGAGCUCAUGGCUGGGCGUGGUGGAAUGCUGCCUCCAGAUUUUGGACCAAAUGGUCGAGGUUUGGGUUUUGGUCAACAGGAUUUAGUUGGUAGGCCUAGCCGGGAGCUACUUCGUUUACCUCCGGAUGCAUCCAAUACUCUGUUUGUUGAAGGACUUCCUUCUAAUUGCUCAAGGAGAGAAGUAUCUCAUAUAUUUAGGCCCUUUUUGGGAUAUAGAGAAGUGAGACUUGUAACCAAAGAUUCAAAACAAAGGAAUGGAGAUCCUAUUGUUCUUUGUUUUGUUGAUUUUGAGAAUCCUGCAUGUGCAGCCACUGCUCGUACAGCUCUACAAGGCUAUAGAAUGGAUGAAAAUGAACCAGAUUCCAAGAUUUUGCAAAUCCAGUUUUCAAGAAACCCAGGUCCAAGACCAGGACAACGUGGAGGAAGGAGGUGAUGAGUCAGUGUCCGUAGGAGUAAAAACUCUUUAUCCAUAUCUCUCUCACUCAAAGCAAUAGAUAUGUGUGGAUAGACACAAAGAGUCCAGGAGAUGAGUUGAUUGUAAUCUAGAGUCUCUCACGCUCUUUUUUCCCACCGCCUUGAUAGAUUUAGUGCAUCAUCUUACUACUGCUAUUUAUCAAGCCUAAAAAACUUUGUUACAAUCCUUUACUUUGUAUGUGUGAGGAAUGAUAGCGAUAUAUGAUUUUGAUAGUAUCCUCAGGGAUUGCACUUGUUGAUUAGAUAAUUGGGACUGAAUCCAAAACAGGGACUCAUGAUACAACAUUAUUUUGAGAUUUUUUGUUGUAAGUCAAGUGCUUUUGAAGCUUUUUAAUUUCAAGGUUAUAGCUUUCUU